ACGUGAUACUUUAUGUUAUUCAGAACCGCCAUCUUGAUUCGCGAACUGCACAUCCUCCCCUUUUCUCGUUACACGGAGAGGGUUUCUAGACCAGUGGAGGGGUCGUUUGGCCCUAUUUAUUAAUAUUUGGUGACUGGACACAUACUUGAUAAAUAGUCAUGUCUAAACAAAGUAUAAUGGACCGCGUAACAGCGGCAAAACACAGUAUAGCAGGCCAAGGGUUGGCCAAGGUUGUGUGCAAGGCUACUACGGAGGAGGUGAUGGGCCCGAAGAAGAAGCAUUUAGACUACCUAAUUCAAUGCACCAAUGAACCUAAUGUCUCAAUACCCCAGCUAGCCGACCUUCUAAUUGAACGCACACAACACCAGAACUGGGUCAUGGUUUUCAAGGCUCUGAUCACCACCCAUAAUCUCAUGAACUAUGGGAACGAGAGGUUCACGCAGUACCUUGCCUCUAAUAAUUGUUCCUUCAACCUCGCUCAGUUCAUCGACAAACAAGGUGUUCAGGGAUAUGACAUGUCCACGUUCAUCAGACGAUAUUCUAAAUACUUAAACGAAAAAGCAGUUGCUUACAGACAAAUGGCAUUUGAUUUCUGCAAAGUCAAGAGAGGCAAAGAUGAUGGAUUGCUGAGAACCAUGAAUGCAGAAAAGCUAUUAAAGACACUACCAGCCCUUCAGAAACAGUUGGACUCCCUCUUAGAAUUUGAUUGUGCCCCUAAUGAGCUGACCAAUGGUGUCAUCAAUGCCUGUUUUCUCCUUAUGUUUAAAGACCUGAUCCGUUUGUUUGCUUGUUAUAAUGACGGCAUCAUUAAUUUAUUAGAAAAAUACUUUGACAUGAAUAAGAAGCAAUGCAAAGAUGCUUUAGAAAUAUACAAGCGGUUUUUAGUUCGGAUGGAUAAAGUAUCAGAAUUCCUGAAAACAGCUGAAACUGUGGAGUCUAAAUUCGGAAAGAGUGUUGGUAUAGACAAAAGUGAUAUUCCUGAUCUGGCAAAGGGAUUGAAGAGCAAUGCUAAUUCUGCCCCGUCGAGUCUCUUAGACGCCCUAGAACAGCAUUACCAGUCAUUGGAUGGCAAGAAAGGGGCCACAACUCCAGUCAGUGGUUCUAAUAUAUGUAUUCCAGCGCCAGUAGGUUUCGCUGCCGCCAUUAGUACAAUCUCGAACAACACACCAACCAUUAGCGUAUCCGAGGAGGAACGACAACGCAUUCUGGAGGAGGAGAACAUUCGACUUCAGCAACUCAAGAAGGAACAGAUUGGCAAGAGCACUGCUGAUUCUCCAGCUAAGGAACAAAGGCUGAAAGAACUAGGCCAGUCCCCACAGCAAGCUGGUUCCCUCUCCUCCAAUCCCUUCGCAACUCAGACGCCAAAUGGGACAAGCGAUUUAUUAGGCUCCCCCUCCAAGUCAGGCCAGCCCCUCAAGGCUAGUGAUGACUUGUUGAGUCUGUCGGGGAAUCCAUUUGUUCAGAAUGUGCAAAACGUCAUGGCGAUGCAGGCGUCGACACAAGCCAUGAGCCAGCCCAACACCUUUGCUCAGUGGAAUAAUACGCCUAAUCCCAGUGUUCCUGCAACAAGUGGCAUGUUCACAUCUGAUGUUGAUUUUGAGAAAGUGUUCCCAAACCAGACUGCUUCCACAGCAAUGGGCCAACUAACUGGUGCCACGGGUCUCUUAGUACCCCAGACUUCACAAAAACCAGACUUGCUGUCGCAGGAGGACGUCUUCGAAUCUCUAGAUCCCCUAAUGCCCACCUGUCGGUCGUCCACGGUAACCACGAAUAGCGGGCUCGCCUCUGGUGGUAUAUUUAGUGUGGAGGCUUCGAAAGAGGACGAUACCUCUGAUAUGAUGGCAUUGUCCUCCCUCGGGAGUUUCGGAGUCAGCAGCUCAGGCCAGAUAGAGACUUCUAAUCUAACCACUCUGUCUACUUUGGGGACGGGAACCAGCAUCCUCGGAGCAGGUUGCUCCCUUCCUAACGAUAGCCUGGGUUCUCUGUCUUCUGUAGGUGGUGCAGGAGCCACUCUAGGUGGUGCUGGAGCCACCAUGUUGGGAACUGGUUCAGCUUUUGGAGGACCCCCCAUGCCAGCUAGCCCAGCCCUCCAACACCGAAGUCUGUCUCCUGCUGUAGACCCAGCACCAGGACGCCUAAGCCCCGCCCUCAUUUCAGCUGACCAAUCAGCAGGAUUCGAUGCUUUUGGUGAAGUUUUGAAGCCCACAUCAUCUGGUGGUGUGACGAGCAACUCGUCAAAUGACAAACUUAUUAACAAAGAUUUGGACUCCAGUCUCAGUCAGCUGGCCGGCAACCUCAACAUCAAGGGAUCCGUGUCACAGGUCAAAAAACAGCAACAUGACUGGCAGCCAAAGGGAGAGCAGAAAAUGACUGGUGGUCAGAACUGGCAGGGAAUAGCACCAGUGGUACCGAGCGCUACCUGGACAUCCCCCAGCUACGGCCAGCCCAUGGUAAAUAGUCAGUCCAAUUUGACUACUCAGUCCACGAUGGUUAACACUCAACAGACCGCGAUGAUGGCACCGGUCAUUGGGUAUGGUGUACAGCCAGGAAUGCAGCAACCAGGGAUGAUGGCUGUCCGGCCGAUGGGAAUGCAGCCCAGCAUGGGAAUGCAGCAACCAAUGGGAAUUCAACAGCCAAUGGGAAUGCAGCAACCCAUGAUGUACGGAAUGCAACCUGGAAUGGGAAGCAUGAUGUCACAACCUCGCCCGCCAGCACAAACCAAUCAGGAUCCAUUCGGAGCAUUAUGAAAAUUGCUGUCUUAUAACCAUUAUUCAGGUAGAGUCUUAGUCGUGUGAACGUUUGUGAACCAGUUAAAGGCAGGGAACAAGUGUGUGCAUCAUCACCAUGGCAACCAUGAACUUUUACAUUCCUACUCAAAUCCAUAUCCAAUCUAUGCAUAUGAAAAAAUGACUCUCAAAAGAAAUUUUUUAAAGACUUGUUUGUGCAUCAUGACAUCAAUGGAAGAUCAAAAACACUGAGGCUUGAACUCUGACCCAUGAAUAACGCAGAGACUAAUAACUCCAUAAUACUUCAUGAAAUUGUAUGCCAGCUAGUCAUUCAGUGGUGCAAUUUCUAGGUAACCAUAGUAACCAGGCUGUUACAGCCACCCUAGUUCCCGAGCAUUGGACAGAACGAGAGUCAGCAUUUCACAUUGUACACUGUACAUUUAGUCACAAAUAUCUAGAUGUACAAUAGUCACGCGUGAGAGAAAGGCUGGAAGAAUGGUUGUGUUAGUAAUCUGUUGGCAUGGUAACAUUGUUACUGUGGUUCUAUUUUGUUUUAUUAUGAUCAUAUGACCUCCUGAUUCUCUGAUACAUAUGUAGGUUGUUUAUUUCGGUGUAAAUGUGUCUUAUGCAGAGUUAGUUUAAGCCAAGAUGUCUUACGUAUUGUAUGUCUAGACCCUGUAUUUAUUUGGAAAAUGGGGAGGGUGAUAGAAUGAGUGUUAGAUGGCUGAUUUGUUUUACACCCUAGUAUGAUCGCUGUUAUAUCCGUUUGUUACUAUGUAUAGUAUGUGUUAUUCUGGUAUAAGUCGAAAUUUUUAGUAUAUUGGUGCCCCAAAAUACAUUUUAUUAACAUUAAUAUAUAUACAUAUAUACAUAUUAUUCAAUGUUGUAUUUAAUGGAAUGUAUUUAUGUAAAUAACAAUAUUAUGAAAAGUGUGUAUGGAAUAUGUUAGGUACCCCUUUGAGACCACAAUAUGUUAGGUACCCCUUAGAGGCCCCUACAAUGUGUUAGGUACCCCUUAGAAGCCCCUGUAAUGUUUAAGGUACCCCCUCAGAGGCUCUGAUGCCCUUAUUAUGCAGACUUAUCUGUGAUUGUUUUAUAAUUUCAGUACAGGUAGAUGUGUAUCAGAGACGGCCAACACAUUCCAGGUCCCCUCGACUAAAAAUAUUAACCCUACUAUAUACAAAGUGGAAAGACAUGCAUAAAACACUGCAGAUUGUCAAAUACUCGGGAUAAAACUUGCCUCAAUGUGCUUUGUAAAUGUAACGAAAUUUACUAAAUUCCACUUUGUAAAUAAAAACAUCGGGUUUCUGAACUAAAAAUCUAAUAGAUGUUAAAUAAUGAAAUUUACUAAAUUCCACUCAGUAAAUAUAAGCAACAGGUUUCUGAACUAAAAAUCGAAUAUAUACGAAGUAAUGAAAUUCAGAAUUCCACUCGUAUGGUUGAUAGUAAUAUGUUUGGAACUACAAUAUUUCGACGUUCACUAUUACAGCACAUAUGAUAUGUUGCAACAAAUGAGAUUUAAAUGAUACAUGUGUAAGUCCAUCAAAUGUAUAAAUCACACAGCAAUUCUGUCAAUUUUCUCUCUCUCUCCAUAUUUUGUAUGUACAGACAGUGGAAGAAACUAAAAAAAAAAAAAACCAGUUAAUGUUAUAGGCAACGUUUUGGUCGUUUUUUCUAAAACCAUUUUUUUCAUGUCUUUGAUAUGAGAAUUUCUUGAAUAUGUUUAUAUUUUAUUUUGUAGUAAUACUACACUAUACUUCUUACAUCUGCCUGGUUAGUUCGAUGUCUAGGUCACAUAAAUAGUAGUGUGCAAGGGUAUGAUCUCUGAUUGAUCCAAAGAGUUUUCUCCCCUUCUUUGCUACAAUAAUAUAAAGCUGUAGUUUUUUUCCCCAUAUAUAUACAAGAGUUUACAGUUUUCAUUUUCCACAACCAGAAACUAUUUUUAAAAAUGCAAACAUUUAAACAAAUUUGAUAAUGUACCUUGAGGUUUUUCGUUCAUAGAGGCAAGAUACAAGUGAAUCCUACCCAAAAUGUCACAAACGAUUAAAUGUGUGAAACGUUGUGUAUGACCUUAAAUCGAAAACGGCUAUCUCCUCCCUGUGGGUUUGCUCGCUCAUUCUUCCGUUCUACUUGUGGACUGCACAUACAGACAAUCUUAACAAAUAAAUCUGAACUGAAUCUGCCAUAUUGAAUGUGAUAAUGGAUCAGAUCUGUUUGAGGACUUGUACAGAAGUGUAGGAUUUUUUUGGUUCAGAUCUGUGUGAGAAUUUUUGUAUAGAGCUGUAAGUUUCUGUUGAUGAGAAUUUUUGUAUAGAGCUGUAAGUUUCUGUUGAUCAGAUGUAGUUGCUCUAGACACAAUAAACUCAUUCUGCAUCUGUG